GGGGGGGGAGGUGGUGAAAAUAAACUUGUUUGCAAAAACCAAUGGGGGAAUCGCCUCGGAGGAUAGAUAGCAUCGCUCCCAACAUUGUGCAUAAUUGUGUAGGUCGGAAAGGGGUGGGUGGGAAAGGAGUCCGGGGGUUGUAAAAAGAAGCGGUGUGAUCUGCCUUUGCAUAUUCGCGGGAUUAUGGACAUGCGGGAUUUUUACCUGUUUCUGGCGCUGGUUGCUCUCCUGACGGUGGACUCCGCUCUGGCUCAGGAGCUCGUCUACACCAUUCAAGAGGAGCUGCCCGAGAAUAUCUUGCUGGGCAACAUCCCCAGAGAUCUCAACAUCUCACGGCUAAAUGCGGCCACGGGGUCGAGUGCCAACCUUAUCUACAGGCUGGUGUCCAAGGCAGGCGAGGUCCCCCUGUUGCGGGUGUCCAGCAGCACCGGGGAGAUCUUCACCACGGCCAACAGGGUGGACCGCGAGAAACUCUGCGCCGGCACCUACACCGACACCGACUGCUUCUUCGAGGUGGAGGUGGUCAUCUUGCCCAACGACCACUUCAGGCUGGUCAAGAUCAAGGUGGUCGUGCGCGAUGUCAACGACAACGCGCCCAUGUUCCCGUCUCCUGUGAUCAACAUCUCCAUCCCGGAGAACACUCUGGUCAACAGCCGCUUCCCGGUGCCUUCGGCCACCGACCCGGACACGGGCAGCAACGGGGUGCAGAGGUACCAGCUCUUGAACGGCCAGGGGGCUUACGGCUUGGACGUGGUGGAGAGCCCCGAGGGCGAGAAGUGGCCGCAGCUGAUAGUCCAGCGCAGCCUGGACCGGGAGCAGAAGGACACCUACGUGAUGAAGAUCAAGGUUGAGGACGGGGGGAGCCCGCAGAAGUCUAGCACCGCUAUCCUGCAAGUGACGGUCAGCGAUGUCAACGACAACCGGCCGGUGUUUAAAGAGAGCCAGCUGGAGGUUCGCUUGCCCGAGAAUGCGCCGCUGGGCACCUCUGUCAUCCAGCUGCACGCCACCGACGCCGAUGUGGGCUCCAACGCCCAGGUCCGCUACCUCUUCAGCCCGCAGGUCUCCGCCGCCGUCCGCAGGCACUUCGCCCUCAACAGCACGGCGGGUCUCAUCACGGUGCAGCGAGCCUUGGACCGGGAAGAGACCUCCCUGCACAAGAUGACCGUGCUGGCCACCGACGGCAGCUCCAGCCCGGCCAGGGCCACCGUCACCGUCAACGUUACCGAUGUCAACGACAACCCCCCAACCAUCGACAUCCGCUAUAUCAUCAGCCCCAUCAACGGCACCGUCUACCUGUCCGAGAAAGAUCCGGUCAACACCAAGAUCGCCCUGAUCACCGUGUCGGACAAGGACACCGACGUGAACGGGAGAGUGGUCUGCUACAUUGAGAAAGAGGUGCCUUUCCAUCUGAAGGCGGUGUAUGACAACCAGUACCUCCUGGAGACCUCUGCCUUAUUGGACUAUGAGAGCACAAGAGAUUACAGCUUCAGGAUUGUGGCAUCGGACUCUGGUAAGCCCAGCCUGAAUCAAAGUGCCCUGGUCAGAGUGCGCCUGGAGGAUGAGAAUGACAACCCUCCCGUAUUCAACCAGCCUGUCAUCGAGCUGUCUGUGGCCGAAAACAACCACCGUGGCCUCUACCUCACCACCAUCAGUGCCACGGAUGAGGACAGUGGCAAGAACGCCGAGAUUGUCUACCAGCUGGGUCCCAAUGCCUCCUCCUUUGACCUGGACCGCAAGACCGGGGUCCUGACCGCAUCCAGGGUCUUCGACCGGGAGGAGCAGGAGCGCUACAUUUUCACGGUGACCGCCAGAGACAGUGGCAACCCUCCCCUCCAAAGCCAAGCAGCCGUGAUUGUCACCAUCCUGGACGAGAACGACAACAAUCCCAAAUUCACGCACAACCACUUCCAGUUCUUUGUGUCCGAAAAUUUGCCAAAGUACAGCACCGUAGGUGUAAUCACGGUGACGGACGCAGAUGCCGGGGAGAAUGCAGAGGUGAUGGCCUCUGUUGUUGGUGACAAUGACAAUUUUAUCUUGCACCCAGUGAACGGAGUUAUAAGAUCCAACGUCUCCUUUGACAGGGAGCUGCAAAGCUCGUACACGUUCGAAGUCAAGGCAAUAGAUCGAGGUAGACCGGUCCGUACCUCCAUUGCCAAAGUCACCAUCAAUGUCAUAGAUGUCAAUGAUAACAGUCCCGUUGUAAUCUAUCCACCUUCAAACACCUCAUUCAAACUGGUCCCCCUCUCUGCCAUCCCUGGUUCAGUGGUGGCAGAGGUAUUUGCAGUGGAUGUUGACACAGGAAUGAACGCCGAACUCAAGUACAGCAUCGUCAGUGGAAAUACCAAGGGCUUGUUCAGAAUUGAUCCAGUGACUGGCAAUAUUACCCUGGAGGAGAAACCCGCUGUUGCAGACCAAGGUUUGCAUCGAUUGGUGGUAAACAUUAGUGAUUUAGGGUACCCUAAACCCUUGCACACCCUGGUCCUUGUCUACUUGUAUGUGAAUGACACCAUAAGUAAUGCUAGUUACAUCAACGAACUCAUAAGAAGAACGAUGGAGACGCCAUUAGAUAAGAACAUCGGGGACAGUACCCAACCUUGGCAAAAUGAAGAUUAUCUUACCAUCAUGAUCGCCAUAGUAGCGGGGGCAAUGGUGGUGAUUGUGGUCAUAUUUGUCACCGUGUUGGUGCGUUGCCGGCAGUCGAGGUUCAAAGCCACUCAAAGAAACAAGCAGGGUGCAGAAUGGAUGUCCCCAAACCAAGAGAGUAAGCAAAACAAAAAGAAGAAAAGAAAGAAAAGAAAGUCUCCAAAGAGUUCUCUUCUAAACUUUGUUACCAUUGAAGAGUCCAAACCCGAUGACCCUGCCCACGAACCCAUCAAUGGGACCAUUACUCUUCCAGCUGAGCUGGAGGAGCAGACUAUAGGAAGGUUUGACUGGAACACAACACCACCAACAACCUUUAAGCCGAGCAGCCCAGACCUUGCAAGGCAUUACAAGUCAGGCUCACCACAGCCCUCUUUUCAUCUAAAGCCGGACACUCCAGUUUCUGCAAAAAAGCAUCAUGUGAUUCAGGAGCUCCCUUUGGACAACACCUUUGUUGGGGGGUGCGAUACCUUGUCCAAGCGCUCAUCUACGAGCUCAGACCACUUCAGCGCGUCGGAGUGUAGUUCCCAAGGUGGCUUCAAGACAAAAGGCCCAUUGCACACCAGACAGUCUCAGAGGCGCGUUACAUUUCACCUCCCCGAUGGCUCCCAGGAAAGCUGCAGUGAUAGUGGUCUAGGAGACCAUGAGCCGGUAAAUGGUGGCCCGCUGAUCUCACACCCUCUCCCUCUGGUUCAGCCGCAGGACGAGUUCUACGAACAGGCUUCCCCAGACAAGAGGACCGAGGCCGAUGGGAAUUCUGACCCGAAUUCUAGUGAUGUUCCUCUUGGUCCCAGAGGUUUAGCCGAAGCAACAGAGAUGUGCACUCAAGAAUGCUUGGUCCUCGGGCACUCAGACAACUGUUGGAUGCCUCCUGGUCUUGGUUCCUACCAGCAGCUCAAAUCACCCCUCUCCACAUUUGGAUCGCAGAAGGAAUGGAUCAAGAAGGAUAAGCUGGUAAAUGGUCACGCGCUUUCAAGGACCUGGAAAGAAGAUGGCAACAGAGGGCAGUUCAAUGACAGGAAGCUGAUCGGUUAUGGUGACGGGCAAUAUACCAGUGGGAAUCCAAUGACAGAUAUUCCUCUAGCGAGCCUGAAGACUUACAAACAGGCACCAUCAUCCCUGGAGACAGCUAAAGAACAUCAACUAUGAAGAGUACUUUCCCAUUCUCUAGCUAUUAACUCAUAUCAGCCUGGUUGUAGGCUAUAGUGGUAGAAUAUGCUAAUCCUAUGUGUCCGAAUUCUGUGUUACGGGUAGGAAUUUAGACCACUGUUGCAGCAAGUACUUGAAGUCGUCUGUGUUUUAGGAACCUUGGAGUUUGAUAGUUCUGUAGUCUACUCGAUGUAAACUCACAUCCAAAAAGGACAGAGCUAAACUUUGCGAUGGAGUAACUGGGCCUGGUCACCCCACCGGAACUGCAUCUCAGACAGAAACAAAUGGUGGGCCUAUUCGUGACCUUGGGGGCACUGAAAAAACAAUAUGAAACAAGCGAAGCAGAAAUUGUGGAGGAAAAUAAAAUGCUGCUUUUAAUUGAGACCGAUUGCUGCUGAUGUAUGUAAUGAGAAAGGGAAAAAAAAUCAAAAUGGGAGCAAGAUUAAUCACAACCACAAACUGGACAAUCCAACUUUAAGUGAUCCAAGCGAACAUUCAAAGUGUUUGUAAAUAGGAAAAACUCAUCAGUAAACCCUAUUUUAUGAAACUAUAUUCUCCCCAAACUGUAGCAAAAGACUGUGGUUUCCCUCCGCAACCCCCUCCCCCACAUCUCUUUGUCUGCAUCCUCUUUGGGGUUUCUUUUAAGCUUCAUGUAGCUGAAUUCCUGGUGAAAGUGGUUGAGUGUUUGUAAUCCGUCCAACAGCACUGCUUCCACGCUCACAGAAUGUUUUAAUGUGUUGUGCCUUCAUUAUGUACUAGAACAUAAUACUAGUUGUCAUAGGGGUCGACUAAGACUCUAAUUUCUAGCUCUGUAUAUUUGUUCUAUGCCUGGCAGGUACCAGCAAUGUUUAGUUCAGAAUGAGGAAAUCUUCAAUGUAGCUUUUAACAGCAUGUUUAAGCAAAUGAGAAUCAAUGCUUCGUUUUCUUUUUGAUUUUAAAAUUCAGCAGUCUGGGCAUGGUAAGCCAAUUUAACAAUUUGAUAGAUAGCAUGUUUUUUGCAGAAAUGGAUGAUUUGCUUUCAAACACAUUCCAAUAGAGGUACACUGAGCGUAAACAAGUGAAAUAGCAACCAAAAAAAAAAAG